CAGUAGUUCCCCUUCAACGAAGGACACUGUGCAGGGUGAUGGUGAUGGUGAUGGCUCGUGUCUUCGCCGUCCGAUUCUUUGACGGUGGCGGAAGUGUUAGUCGUAGUCGUAGCUGUAGCAUCCGACGCUUCAACGUAAGGGCGAACCUUCCAUUUCCUCAGAAAAAUGCUAAGUAUUACAAAGAGCUUGAAGCUGCCGUUGAUGUAGUCCAGAGGGCUUGCCGUCUCUGUGUUCAUGUGAAAUCAUCUUUACUCUCAACUGAUGGGAAGGUUCUCGAAAAAAAUGAUCAGACCCCGGUGACUGUGGCAGAUUUUGGAGUUCAGGCUCUCUUAAGUUUGGAGUUAAAUCAGCUGUUCCCUUCUAUCCCGUUGGUGGCUGAGGAGGACUCUGCUUUCUUGCGAUCAAGAAACUUAGCGGAUGCUGUGCUCAGUGCAGUUACUGCUGAAGCUAGCUCCACUUGUAAACCACUGACACAAGAUGAUGUACUCGAAGCGAUUGAUAGAGGGGGCACAGAUGCUUUUGUGUUUGGAUCAAAGCCGGCCACAUAUUGGGUGCUUGAUCCAAUUGAUGGAACACGAGGAUUUCUCAGAACGAGCAAAGCCUUAUAUGUGGUUGGUUUGGCUCUUGUGGUUGAAGGGGAGAUUGUGAUUGGUGUUAUGGGUUGCCCUAACUGGCAGGAAGAUUUAUCCAAGAAAUCCUCUACUGAGAUGAUGGAGGGUAGGGAUGCUCUUUCUGGAUCAGGAACUAUAAUGAUUGCUCAUAUGGACUGUGGAACAUGGACAAAAAGGUUGAAUAGCAAGCCCAAAUUGCCUAGUGCGUGGACCAGAUGUUCUGUUGAUGGGUCUGACAUAGUACAUAAAGCACACUUCUGUAUUCCAGAUAGUCAAACAUGGGAAUCACUGCCACUGUCUUCUUUAUUUAAUGCAACAAACAACCCUGAUGAUGUAGGGAACAACCAAAUUCUUCUUUUGUCAACUUGUUGUGGAAGUUUAUGCAAGUAUAUGAUGGUGGCUUCAGGUAGAGCAUCUGUUUUUGUUCUCCGAGCAAAAGAGAAGACCAUCAUAAAGGCGUGGGACCAUGCUGUUGGCAUGAUAUGCAUUCAUGAAGCAGGUGGAAAGGUAACAGACUGGAAAGGGAGUGAAAUAGAUCUUGCAGCAGAUCAAGUUGGCCGGCGGAUUAUAUUCCCUUCUGGUGGUGUCCUUGUUACCAACGGCAAUUUACAUAAUCAGAUUCUGCACAUUAUCUCUCAAACUUCAAGAGUUUGAUGUUCGGGGGAAUCGUCCAUCCUGGCAUUAUUUUGAAAAGUGAUUAUGCCAAAUGAGGAUUGAUGCACCUUAUUACCCGUGGUUUGGGUUCAAUUUUCAGGUUUUCUUUUUUGAUAGGUGAUAUGUAAUCCCACCUUCCUGUAAUCUAAAACUUUUAUGUACCAAGAAAAGUGAUUAUAUU